AUGCCUUGUGUGGGGAUAGAUGGGUGCGGUACUGCCCUUUACCAUAUGGGCGUGAACUUUGAAGCGAACAACAUCAUGGAUGUAGAAUCCAGGUAUGGCCCGCACUUGACACAACACUUGGGGAUGACAGUCCACACGCACAAGACCCGUGGUGAUGUCACCAAGUUGGAUCUUACAGAAGUGGAACGCCCUGUUGAUCUCCUAUGCAGCGGCCCUCCAUGCCCCCCGUGGGCAGGCAAUGGAAAGCACACUGGGCCCAUGGAUGAUCGAUCCCAAGUGUUCAUUGCAGUGCUGAAGCUUGCUAUCAGUUUAAUCAAAGCUGGUGAGUUGCAAGCUGUGGUUCUGGAAAACGUACGUGGAAUUACGUAUACCCAGACAGGGCAUACACGUUCCUUCAUGGAGCACAUGGUAGAUUUCCUUCAAAACCAAGUGCCUGAAUUUAACUGGAAUGUGUGUACACUGAAUGCUACGGACUUUGGGCUUGCCCAACAGCGGUGCAGGGUGUUUUUGCGUGGCCUCAGGACAUCGAUUGGGAAGGUGCCAGAUCCACUGCCACCUUUUGGGCCAAAACCUUUGGGUGAAUUUUUGGCCAGGGAGGUUCCCAACCUGGACUGGUCUACAUUGACCAAAACUAUGACAAAAAACCUCAAAGAUGCAGUCAAAGCCUUGAAGGACAUGCUUGACAAGGGAGAAGUACAGUUGACCGACCUUGUGAUUUUUCCCUUAGAUAGAGCGGAGGGCAAGGUUUACAAACGGCGGUUUACAGUGAAUCUUUGCACCACCCUGACGACAACCAACAAGUAUCUCUUCAUUUGCAGCAUGGACUUGGACCAGCCUGAAAAGAAAAGAGCAUUUUUCCGGUUUAUUCAUGAGAGUGCUUUGCGAAUCAAAGCAUCUGGGAACGCAUAUCCCGUUCCUCUGAUGAUCUCAGUUUUGUACCCCAUGAUGGCCAUGCUGAAGAACAAGAUGAACAAAAACCGCCCCAAGCAAGCAAGUUUGGUGGGUCGAGAUGCAACCGCAUGUUGCAACAAUUUUCAUGCAUGGAUGGAAAAAUUUAAGGCGGAAGCGGCUGUUGCGGAGACCAACAAAAGACCGAAGGCUAUGAAGAUGAAGAAGAAGGCUGCGAAGUCAACCAAGGCUACCAAGAAAAAGAAGGGUGGUGUCAAGAAAGUGGCGACAGGAAGGAAUGUCAAGAAGACAAAACUCAAGACCAACAGCAGGAUUUCACGAAGGAGGGCUCGCCUCUGUAAAUGUUCGGUCCUUUGCGGCCUUUGUGGUAUGGCAGCAAAACGGCUGACUGACCUUCUCAACUUUCUGACCAGUCUCGGGACUGUGGUAUCCGACGAUGACCCUGACAAAAAGGAUAAGCAAAAGGCAUUGCUUCGUGGCUGCUUGGUGGAUUUCAAAACGGGGCCUCCUAUUGAGGUACAAGAGGGAACCAACAUGCUGGAGGAAGUGAAGAACGCAAAGUUUCCUCAAUGGAUGCGAGAUGAGGUGGCUGGAGCAGUACAAGAAAAAAUCAUGGCAGAUAUGCUAGGGGAACACGAGAAGAAGAAAAGGUCAUGCAUGCAAAGGAACCUGCAUCUCUACAACUACCUGACGACAGGAGAAUGGAAUGAUUUGUGUUCAUCGUGCACCAGCUUCGAGUCCAAGAUGAGGCUCAUUGGGAAACGUUUCCAACUUUUGGGCUUGGUGAACCCUUCUGAACCUACUUUCGUCCUGGCCAACAUCUUGCUUCAGCUUUCCUUUUGCCAAGGGAACCCGGACAAGAUUGACGAGAAAAAACAUUACGCUACAUUGAAAGAUUUGAAAUUGGUGGUCAAAGGUAUUUGCAAACGAACCUCCCACAGCGGUGUUGCAGUGUACCCCGAGGACCCCACGACCUUGGGAAGCAUUUGGGAGAAAGCUUAUGCUGAGGACCCCCCGGCCAAAUGCCCCUUUGAUGUUACAGUCGUGAUGGACCUUACUGAUGGAUUACCGGCCAGGUGCUCUCACAGGAGCGUGCGGCCAGGCAAAUCCAAGGGUUUCCAACGUGAUGAAGGGCUACAACACAUGUUGGCAAACUUUUUGUUGGCCAAUGCAUUUCAAGGGGGGCAACAGGAAAUGGGUGCGCUUUGCAACUUGCAAUUCAACCAGCCCAGCAGGAAACGGCCUUUGGCUUUGAUGAACAAACCUGAUGAACCUGUUGACGCCCCACCAAAAACACCAGAGAGCCCACUGGAAUCCCCAAAGGAGAGCAAGGACACAGCCCCCCCACCGGUCUCAGCUGAAGCCAAGGACGUGGAUAACAUGGCAAAAGAAAUCCAAGAACAGUUGGAAGCCAACAAGGAGAAAAACAGACCACCACAGGCCAGCAAGCCUGCAAACCAAAAGGACAAAGCUUCUAAAGCUCCGCACAAGAAGAAGGCUGCAGGUACACAUGGUGCGGAGAUUUCCAGCAAAAGCAAGGCAUUCCCAGGGACAGGAGCGGCAGCCCCAAAAAAAAUUGAGAAGGCUACCAUCUACACUUGCCCCAAAUCGAGUUCGUGGAGGGUGAAGAAAACCGGGGACAAGAAGGACCCAGCCUUUUCUUGGAAGAAGGAGGAACCAAAACACGUUUGGGCCAAAGUCAUAGACUACAUGGCUACGCUGUGA